AUGGGGGCCCGGCUGCUGUGCCUGUGCCUCCUCACCGCCCUGCUCGCCUACUACAUCUACAGCCCGCUGCCGCCGGAGCUGGCCCAGCCCGGCACCGUGAUGCUCCUCUCGGCUGCCAUCAGGGCCCUGGGGCACCUGUCGGAGCUGGGGGAGCUGCUGGGGCUGAUGCACUACAUGGAGGGGCUGAGGCUGAUCUCCACGGCGGAGCUGGUGGCUCCCACGUCCGACGAGAACGUGACGGUGACGGACACGGAGCUCAGCGGGGUCCCCGUGCGCCUGUUCCUGCCCCGGAGGCCGCCCGGAGGGCUCAGGAGGGCCGUGCUCUUCUUCCACGGCGGCGGCUGGUGCCUGGGAGACGCAGGCAUGCAUGCCUACGAUCUCAUGUCUCGGCGGAUUUCAAACGAGCUGAAUGCUGUCGUGGUGUCAGUCAACUACAGGCUGGCCCCUCCGCACCGUUUCCCGGCCCAGUUUGAGGACGUGUACUCGGUGACCAGGUUCUUCCUGCAGGACAAGGUGCUGUCCCAGUACGGGGUGGACCCUGCGCGGGUCUGCGUGGCCGGGGACAGCGCCGGGGGCAACCUGGCUGCGGCCGUGGCACAGCAGCUGUCGGAGGACCCCGAAGCGAAAACCAAGCUGAAAGCUCAGGUUCUGAUCUACCCCGCGCUGCAGGCGCUGGACCUGGACCUGCCGUCGUACCGGGACAACGCGCACAAGCCGCUGCUGCCGCGGGCGCUGAUGGUGCGCUUCUGGAGCGAGUACCUGAGCGCGGAGCCCGCGCUGCGCGCCGCCAUGGCCGCGGGCCGCCACGUUCCGCCCGAGGCCGCGCCGCUGCUGCCCCGGGUGAACUGGAGCCGCUGGCUGCCCGCCGCCAUGCGCGGCGCCCACACCUACGAGGGCCCGGCGCUGGCGGGCGCGGGGCUGGCGCGGCGCUUCCCGGCGCUGCUGGACCCGCGAGCCAGCCCGCUGCUGGCCCCCGAGGCCCGGCUGCGCCGCCUGCCCCCGGCCUUCGUGCUGACCUGCGAGCACGACGUGCUGCGCGACGACGGCGCCAUGUACGCGGCCCGGCUGCGCGCCGCCGGCGUGCCCGUCACGCACCACCACGCCGGGGACGCCUUCCACGGCGCCGUGACCUUCCUGGCCGGGCCGCUGGAGCUGGCCGUGGGCCGCCGCCUCUUCGACACCUGCAUGGGCUGGCUGAAGGAGAACCUGUGA